AGUCUCCUGGACAUGAUGGUUGCAGAGGAGGAGAGCCUGAAGGAGCGUCUCUUGAAGAGCAUUGCCUUGUGUCGGAAGGAGCUUGACACUCUCUGCAGGGAGCUCCAGCUGGACCCCUUUCAGGCAGAGGAAGAAAGUACCAUUCUGCAGAUGGAGAAGAAUUUGCGCACCCGCGUGGAAGUGAUGUUAAAGCAGAAAAGGGACAGGAAGCAGGAGCUGAAAACCCUGCAAGAACAAGAUCGGGACUUGUGCGACAUCCUCUGCACAACCCCGUUCUGCAUCGACAGCAACGCUGUGCCCAGCCUGGAGGACCUGGAUCGCUACAGGCGCCACUUGGCCUCCCUGACCGCCAAGAAGGAGCAAAGGCGAGAAGAGUUUGUCAGCAGCAAGCGGCAAAUCAUCCUCCUCAUGGAGGAGCUGGACCACACUCCGGACACAAGCUUUGAGCAGGACGUGGUGUGCGAGGACGAGGAAGCCUUCUGUUUGUCUGAGGACAACAUUGCUGCCCUCCACAACCUGCUACAGCAGCUGGAAGCCCGGCGAUCCCUGAACGAAGCCGUGUGCACAGAGCUGCGCUCCAGAAUCGUUGCGCUUUGGGAAAGGCUGCAGAUUCCUGGGGAGGAGAGAGAGUCUUCUGCGGUGCACGUGGCUGGGUGCAGAGCCAAAACCAGGAAAGCUCUGCAGUUGGAAGUGGACCGUCUGGAGGAGCUGAAGCUGCAGAACAUGAAAUCUGUGAUUCAGGCAAUCCGGGCAGAGCUGGCUGACUACUGGGACAAGUGCUUCUACAGUCAGGAGCAGAGGGAAGGCUUCAGCCCCUAUUACGAUGAGGACUAUACAGAGACCCUGCUCGAGCUCCAUGAUGCUGAGGUGGGGAAGAUGAAGAGCUACUAUGAAACACACAAAGAUCUGUUUGAGGCUGUCCAGAAAUGGGAGGAGAACUGGAAGCUGUUCCUGGAGCUGGAGAGGAAAGCGACCGACCCAAGUCGCUUCGCCAACCGUGGGGGGAACCUGCUGAAAGAAGAGAAGCAGCGAGCAAAGCUGCAGAAGACGCUUUCCAAGCUGCAGGAGGAGCUGGAGAGCAGGGUCCAGGCCUGGGAGCAGGAGCAUGAAGGGGCCUUCCUGGUGAAGGGGCAGCAGUUCAUGGAGUAUGUGACGGAGCAGUGGCAGCUGUACCGCCUGGAGAAAGAGAAGGAAAAACAGGAGCGGCACCUGAAGAAAAGCCGCCAGAUUGAGACGGAGAUGAUGUAUGGAAGCACCCCGCGGACACCCAUCAAGCGGCGGGUGCUCGGCCCCCACACGCCUGGCAAAGUAAGGAAGCUCAAUGGCACUUCCAUCUCCAGUGCCACACCCAACAGCACCGUUCGUUCGGCUUUUGGGGGAACCAUCUACCACUCACCGACGUCCCGGUUGCCGCCUUCCGGAGGGAAGUUUGGCCAGGCUCGGACCCCCAGCCGCACGGCUGCGAAGCCCUCCCGUCCUGGACACAGGGAGCGGAACAAGGAGAACAUGUCCCAGCUGAACGGAACCACCCUGAGCGGUGGGUGCACCCCCACAGCCCCUGCCCAGCGUAACCACAGCGUUAAUUCUGUUGCCAGCACCUAUUCUGAGUUUGCG